ACGCCCCGUGGACCGAUCGCUGCCCGUGUGGUUGUAUUUAUCUAUCCGUGUGUGUGUGUGUGUGAUAACCCGCCGGUUAAGUGCGAACGUGUCCGUCAGUGGAGUGUGUGUGUGUGUUUUUUUUAGAAAAUUAUUUAAAUUAAAUUCUACCAAUCAGCCGGAGAGACACCUCCUGUCACAGACAUGAUGCGCCGCUCCGGCAGCGACGACACGUGAGCUUGGACCUGGGUGGGUGUGAUGCCCCGGACUUCUUAAAGGGUCUACCGGCCCAUUAUGCGUACAGUCCGGACGGGUAUUAUCGCCAGAGUGUUGUUUUGGAACGUCUUUUUGGCCGUCAACUUCAGGAUAUUGGUCAGUGCUUUUGGAGCCCAGGUGAUCUGCAACAGGAUAGCUGGUCUGACGGCGGGUCAACGGAGGAUUUGUGCCGCCGCACCCGACGCUAUGGCCGCCGUCGGCCACGGUAUAAGAAUAGCCAAACAGGAGUGCCAACAACAGUUUAGCGCCCAUCGGUGGAACUGUACCGGGCCGAGCAAAGGCAAUCCGUUCGGACAUUUACACACCACAGCUAGUCGAGAAGCCGCUUACAUGUACGCCGUCAUAAGUGCCGGGGUGACUUACGCGCUCAUGGAUGCCUGUAGCCGGGGCAACAUAUCCAUUUGUGGCUGUGAUUCUCAUUAUCCAGGUAUGAUGGACGUCGGACCGGCGGCCACGGCUUGGAAAUGGGGAGGGUGCAGUGUGGACCUGGGCUUCGGUAUGGGAUUCGCCAGGAAGUUUCUGGACGCACAGGAAUCGGACGCCAGCGAUCCCAGAAGUCUGAUGAACCUGCACAACAACAAAGCCGGCAGAAAGAUUGUCAAGAUGUUGUUGAACACCGACUGCAAGUGUCACGGAGUGUCGGGCAGCUGCACGAUGAAAACUUGCUGGCACAGUCUGCCCAAUUUCCGGGACGUCGGCAAAGCGCUGAUGAGGAAGUAUUGGAAGGCGCGAGGUGUGUCGGCCGCGCCGGCUAUCCCUCGGGCGCAUCCGUCGCCCGUUCCCGCCGGCGGACUGCAGCGAACCCACGGCAAGAGGUCGUCCAGGAGACUUAAGCUCAAGCUGAGGUCGGCCAGGUCGGCGUCGGCCGCACAGGAAGAGCCCAAAAUCACCGAGCUGGUGUACCUGGAACAAUCGCCAAAUUACUGCGACCGGGAUUUCGGCACCGGGUCGUUGGGCACGCACGGCCGGACGUGUAACCGGACUUCCGAAGGCACCGACGGAUGUGGCUUAAUGUGUUGCGGACGAGGGUACAACACUCAUCAGUUCGUCAGGACCAAACAGUGUCGGUGUACGUUCUACUGGUGUUGUUAUGUCAAGUGCGACACUUGCGUGGAACGCACCGAAGAAUAUACUUGUAAAUGAUAAUUUAUACAUUAAACCGUAGUAUUUAAAUAUGAUAAAAUAUUCUAGUAUUUUCUGUAUAGGUAUUAUUGUACAUUGAUUUUUUUUUGAAUUGUAUUGCACAAUAAACUUCGGACGCUCCUUCUUGUUAUUAUUAUU